CUCAGUGCGUCGGCGAACAGACGACACAACUUGUUUCCCUCCGCUCUCUGUGUAUCGGCUACUACUUGCUGUCUCCUCGCACAUACAGUUGCAUCGCCGGCGGUGAGUGUGGAGUGGGAGGGGAAUCAUUCCUCUCCGUACCCAGUCGCGUUGGUUCUCCUUCAGUGCGCGUUUCUCUCCCUCCCUUCCUUCCUCCCUCCCUCCUCCACGCCUCUUCCUCUCCUCCCUCGGUACAACCUCCCGGUUUUUCAAACGCGAUGACAGUCAAGGCGAACGCGUGAGCGGAUCCCACAGGUGUGUUGCUGCCAACUGAGCCGCGGUUCCUGGAGACACACACGCACACCUGGAAAUUACCAUGUGACUCGGCACCUGGGCGUGGAGAAAGUCCCUGAUAUUCAACCCACAGAGUCUUUUGUUGAGGAGUUGCCCGGGUCGCCUUUCAACAGGAAUUGACAAAUCCAAGUAGCCCGUGUUUCUUACGGAAUAGUGCCUUUCUGAAACCCCUCGCAGGACGCGUGAGGAGAGUAAAAUGUAAACUUGAUCACGGACUUGUUUCUUUUUCUUUUUUUUCUUUUUUGUUUUUUACUAUUUCACCAGAGGGCUCUACCUACAGUAACUGGACUGUUCGCGCUUGUGCAACUACUCUCUUCGCUGUUUUUCCUCCAAGAGCCGGGGCCCUUAAUGAAGCUGGGGGUCAGCAGCAGUGUGCGGCUAAUUGGCCAAGUUUGCCCGGGGCUCUGGCUGCCUGUGAUUGAAGUGUCCAGUGAGGGCCCACUGUGCUGCCGCCGCUGCACCCUGCUCUGUUCCACUCCAACAGCCAAGACGCUCGCUGCACCCCUGUCUGCCUCUCCCUAAGAUGGCAAGCUGGGUCUCCCUCCUCCUCUUUCUCUUCUGCCGAUCAGUCUCACGAGCCCAGGAGGAGAGCAGCACCAUCCUGGAGUUCACUUCUGAUACCCUCAUCAACAAUGUGGUCCAGGACCCCCAGACCGGUCGCAUCUACCUGGGGGCAAUCAACACUGUCUAUCAGCUGGGAUCGAAUCUCAAGCUGCAGGCUCGUGCUGAAACAGGCCCCAGAGAGGACGCUCGGACCUGUACGCCUCCUGCCUCUGCCUGCCAGGACACAGUGCUAAUGCCCAACCUCAACAAGCUCCUGCUGGUCCAUCCAUCUAACGGUUCGCUCAUAGUCUGUGGCAGCCGCUACCGAGGCAUCUGCUCCCUCCUCAACCUGACCAAUGUGGAGCAACAGCUGUAUUACAGUGACAGUAAAGGAGAGAGGACUUAUGUGGCUAGCAUAGAAGAUAGCGUGAACGUGGUGGGCGUCAUGUCCACCUACUCAAAAGAAAGGCAAACCUUCAGUGUUUUUCUUGUUGGGAAGGGCUACGGAAGCCUGGACAGUGCGAAACUCAUCAGCACACGAAUCCUUCAGGACUUCCGUGACUGGGUCGUGUUUGAGAACAUCAUUGAGGCAUCCGCAGUACAGACGACACCGUUUGUUCCCAAGUACCUGCAUGACUUCCGCCUUGCCUUCAAAGAGGAUGGUUUUAUUUAUUUCCUCUUUUCAAGGACACUCGAUGGUACGGAUAUUAAAAACCUGACCUUUGUGUCUCGACUUUGCGAAGAAGACCAACAUUACUACUCCCACACGGAGCUCCAGUUAAGCUGCGGCCAUGAAAACCGAUACAACAAAGUCAAGGCUGCAUAUGUGGCCUCUCCAGGAAAGGAGCUUGCGGGGAUCAUGACUGAAUCAGGUUUGUAUGGGAACGUUGUCCCCUGGAGCAAAGUUCUGUUCAUGGUGGCCAGUCCAGACGAAGACAUCAGUGAAUCCGCUCUUUGCAUGUACCCACUCAACUCCAUCAAUGAGCGGCUGGUGGACAUCAUCAGCGCCUGCUACAGUGACUCUGGGAAAAUUUCUGGGGUUCCUGCUGUGGGCAUCCCCUAUUCAUCCAAAACUGAUGAAUUCUGCACAUCCAACCUUCCGAAAGAUACACUGAAAUCCAACAAGUGUGGUGGUGACUUUCUGCCUUCCCCUCUGGCCAGCAAGCCGGACUUUGCCUUGAAGGCAAAAGCGGAGUGGACCAGGUCGGGCCUUCUGACCGCUGUGGCUGUCGCUGUGGAGAAUGAUCACACCAUCGCCUUCUUGGGGAACACGCAGGGGGAGGUCUUCAAGGUGCACAUGACCGGAGAACCAUACAUGUACGGUAAGGCUCCUGGCGACACCAUGGGAGAGAAGGUCAACAAGAACCUUUUCUUUGACCUCAGUCAAAGCCAUCUCUACAUUACCACAGAGAAAAAGAUCACCAAGGUGCCGGUGCAGACGUGCCUCGAACAGAAAGACUGCCAAUCAUGUGUGGAACUGAGGGACCCUUACUGUGGCUGGUGUGUCCUGGAGGGCAGGUGUACCAGGAGGUCUGAUUGCCGACGGGCAGAGGAGAAGAAUGGCUGGCUGUGGAGCCCUAGGCAGCAGUGUGUCAAGAUCGUCUCCCUCUAUCCCCCGAACCUUUCCUGUAAAAAGACUCAGAAGGUUAAGAUCAACAUCCCCUCCCUUCCUGCAAUCGGGCCGUCUGAUCGUCUGCUCUGCUCCAUCGAGACUUUUAAGAGUGUUGGCACCAUGUCUGACUCCGGUCAGGUCUCCUGUGAUCUACCCAGCCCUUCAAUUAUACCGCACACACCUGAGGGCCAAGACUUUGUGGCUGUGGCCAUCAAGGUUCUGGUCAACGAGACAGUGGAGCUGGCCACGCGGGAGUUCAAGUUCUAUAAUUGUGCUGCCACAGUGAGGAAAUCAGAAAACACACCGUGCAUGUCAUGUGUGGCCAGUUCGUGGGGCUGUCAGUGGAACACACUUGAUCACACCUGCAGCGACAUGGACGACAGCAUAGGAGGUAUAUACAUCAUCAAGCACCGUCAGAGAGCAAAGUGUCCUCAGUUUGAGAAUCCAGAUCCUGUGCUGAUCCCCGUGGGCUACAAGAUGAGUAUCAGCUUCGAGGGGAUCAAUUUGGACCUCUACAAGGAUCGUGUUUUCACCAUCGGCACUGAACUGAUGAGAAAUGUGGAAGAGGACGUAAACUUCGAGAGCGGGCCGUUCUACACCUUCAGCGGCUUCAAUUUUUCUUACGACAAGUCACCGGAGACCAAUGUGCUCUUCUACGUGAAGGACAAGGAGUCAGGCAGGAAGAUGGACAGCACGCUGAACGUCACCCUGUAUAACUGCUCCAUAGGGAGGGAGGACUGUAGUCUCUGUAAGAACUCAGACCAAAAGUAUAACUGUGUGUGGUGCGCCAAGCAGAAGGCAUGUGUGUACAAGAAUCUGUGCACCCCUGACCAGCCAGGGUCCGAGGAUCAUGACAACACCGAGUGCCCCGACCCCCAGAUUACCGAUAUCAUCCCACGUUUCGGCCCCCUGCUGGGAGGAAUCUCCAUCACCAUCCGGGGCUCCAACCUUGGUAUCCACAAGGAAGACAUCAAAAGCAUCACAGUAGUCAGGGAGCCCUGUAUCCAUCAGGAGGAGAAGUACUCUGUUUCCACGAGCGUGGUGUGUGAGAUCGGCCCCGUCAACCCUCUGAACAGUGACUGGGGCCAGGUGGAGGUAGAGGUGCAGGGAGGAAAACGAGGAACCUCCUCCAUGUACUUCACCUACAGGGACCCAUUUCCCGAUAAAGUGGAACCCUCUAAAGGUCCAAAAGCUGGGGGCACCCUCAUUACAAUUUCUGGACGAAAUCUGGACACCGGCAGUAAGGAUGAUGUCCAGGUUACAAUCGGAGGGGUGGACUGCACUGUGGAGAAGUUCGGAGCAGAGAUCACCUGCAGGACAGGAGAAUACCGAGCAGAUAAGGUGCCCUCCGACCGUCAAACCGUCAUAGUGAAGUAUGGAACGAAAACCACGAAAACCAUCCCAGGUGCCUUCCAGUUCUUGGAAAAUCCCACCGUGAUGGACCACAACCCCAAAGGAAGCUUUGUCUGUGGAGGGAGGAACAUUGAGGUGACCGGCUCGGGGUUUGAACUCAUUCAGACUGCAGUCCUGAAGGUUGAAGGAGGCAACUCGGAAGCUUUUGAGACCGCCUACCAGAAGAAUGACACAUCCAUCAAGUUUCGGUCUCCAACAGUAAACAUCUCCUCGACCCAUCUCCUGAAAACCUACGUCAAGCUGGACAACUACGUGAAGGAGCUGAAGCCCUUCGACUACCACCCUGACCCCAGCUUCAAUCAGCUGAACAAGAGGGUCAUCACGGAGGCCAGCAUCAUCAUCGUCACUGGUCGAGGAUUCUCCAAAGCUAUGACAGCCAAAGAGGCUCAAGCAUUUGUGGGCAAUGUUCAAUGUGUGGUCAACACGCUUCAGGAUGACAAGCUGUUUCUGGACCCGCCUUCCACCACGCCAAGCGCUCGCUCCAGACGACACCGCAGGGACACCCGGCCUGAGCUGCUGGACUUAACGAUCAUGUUUGGGAAAGGGGAGUGGGUGGUUGGCUCAGUGCAGUAUGAGAAGAAGAAUGAUUUGUCACUCUACAUCAUCAUCCCUGCUGUCAUUGUGCCUAUGUUGCUCAUCAUCGCUAUAUCCGUCUACUGCUACAGGAGAAAGAGUCAGCAAGCAGAGAGGGAGUACGAGAAGGUGAAACAUCAGCUUGAGAAUCUGGAGGAGAGCGUACGAGACCGCUGCAAAAAGGAAUUCACAGACUUGAUGAUCGAGAUGGAGGAUCACACCAAUGAGCUGAGUGAGGGACGGAUCCCCUUCCUUGACUACAAAACCUACACCGACCGCGUCUUCUUCCUGCCCUCUAAGGAUGGUGCCAAUGAUGUCAUGAUCACAGGAAAGCUCGACAUCCCAGAGUCUCGACGGGCCACUGUGACCCAGGCACUGAACCAGUUCUCCAACCUCCUGAACUCCAAGACCUUCCUCAUUAAUUUUAUCCGUACCCUGGAGCGCAGUCAUGACUUCAACGCCAGGGCCAAGGUGUACUUUGCCUCCCUGCUGACGGUGGCUCUGCACGGGAAACUGGAAUACUACACCGACAUUAUGAGAACGCUGCUGCUGGAGCUGAUGGAGGAAUACGUCCACAGCAAGAACCCGAAACUCAUGCUGCGCAGGUCAGAGACAGUGGUGGAAAGGAUGCUGUGUAACUGGAUGUCCAUCUGUCUCUACCAGUUUUUGAAGGACUCUGCAGGCGAGCCCUUGUACAAACUGUUCCGAGCCAUCAAGCACCAGAUCGAGAAGGGGCCCGUUGACGCCAGAGUGAAGAAAGCCAAGUACACCCUCAACGACACGGGCCUGUUGGGCGACGAUGUAGAGUACUCCGUCCUGACCCUGCAAGUGCUGGUGCAGGGCGAGGGUCCGGAUGUGACGCCCGUCAAGGUGCUGAGCUGUGACACCAUCUCUCAGGUGAAAGAGAAGAUCAUAGAGCAGGUGUACAGGAACCUGCCAUACUCGCAGCGGCCCAAGGUCGACAUUGUCACACUGGAGUGGCGUCCAGGCUCAACAGGGCAGAUUCUAUCAGAUCUGGACCUGACUUCCCAGAAAGAGGGCAGGUGGAAACGCAUCAACACUCUGGCACACUACAACGUGCGAGAUAACGCCACAUUAGUCUUAUCCAGAGUGCUUCACACACAGCACAACUACGACCAGAACCAGGAAAACCACGAAGAGCGGAAUGCUCUGUUGGAAGAUGACAAGGUGUUUCACUUGGUGAGGCCGGCAGACGAACUGGAUGAGAUCAAAUCUAAACGAGGAAGUAUAAAGGACAAGUCGAUGACCAAAGCCAUUACAGAGAUCUAUUUAACACGACUCCUUUCUGUCAAGGGAACACUGCAGCAGUUUGUGGAUGACUUUUUCCGCAGCGUGCUGUGCUCUGGGGCAGUGGUGCCACCGGCUGUCAAAUAUUUCUUUGACUUCCUGGAUGAGCAGGCGCUGAAACACAACAAUGUGGAUGAGGAGACCAUCCAUAUCUGGAAGACUAAUAGCCUUCCUCUGCGGUUCUGGGUGAACAUCCUUAAGAAUCCCCACUUCACCUUCGACGUCCAUGUGUCUGAGGUGGUGGACGCCUCGCUCUCUGUCAUCGCCCAGACCUUUAUGGAUGCCUGUACCAAGAGCGAACACAAACUCAGCCGGGACUCUCCAAGUAACAAACUACUCUAUGCAAAGGAGAUCUCCACCUAUAAGAAGAUGGUGGACGAUUACUACAAGGGCAUCAGGCAGAUGGUUCCCGUCAGUGAUCAGGACAUGAACACUCAUCUGGCAGAGGUUUCACGGUCUCACACAGACAAACUGAACACACAAGUGGCUCUCCAUCAGCUUUACCAGUACGCCAGCAAAUACUAUGACGGGAUCAUCGCAUCCCUAGACGAGGACCCAGCUGCCCAGAGUAAACAGCUGACCCUGCGGCUCCAGCAGAUAGCAGCCGCCCUGGAAAACAAAGUGACUGAUCUCUAACCCACCGAGCGGAGGGAGGGAGGGAGGGAGGGGAAUGGUAGGAGACUGCCAGUGACUACAGGGGCUUAUUUCCUUUUUUUUUUUUCUUUCUUUCUUUUUUUUUUUUUUUUCCGAGAAUAAAACAUGGAAAUAAGGAGAGGUGAGAAGGGACUAGUGGGUGUGUAUAUUGUACAACUCUGGCCCUGGGACAACUUUCUGUACUGUGGAGUAACAGGGACUAAUGAAAUGCAGAUAGAGAGCAAAAAGGGGAAGAAAGUGAUGGGUUACACUGUCAUAGGUACGCCUUAAAGCUCACUUGCCAAACCUUAAAGGUCUGCGCGCUCACUCAUGCUUCACUGAAUAUUGCUCCCACAAUGCAGUGCGGUAGACCUCGCUCUGAGAAUUAAGCCCCUCCGUGGAGCACUGGCACAGGCGAUAAUCAGAUGUUCAAUUUCUUUCUGUCUAGAAAAGGUUUUAAGAAUUGUAUUAUAUAUUUUUUUUAUUGUGCAGUCUUUAUGCGGAAAGCUUUAUAAGGAAAAAAAAUAUCUUUUUAAAUGGAUCACCUUGUGGUGCGGAUAGUGUUUUUAUUAGCCUGUGUGUGCGUAGAUGUCAGUGUGAAGUCCAACAUGUGAAUAAGAGCGUGCGUUGCUGAACUCGAGUGUGUGUGAAUGUGUGGGAAUGUGUGUGCACACACAGGAUGCCUACUGUCAGGCGUGAGGGCGAAGGGACGCCUGCUUUCUGUCAUUUGAACCCCCCCCCCCCAAAACCCAGUGACACACUGGAGCCUGCGCUCUCACCGAGCUUUUUGACAGAGACCAAAGGGUCCUCACAAGGGCACCGGUUAAUCUAGCAAUGUACAGGCUCAUAUGAUUGACAGGUCACCAGUAGUUUGAGAAACGUUUGAGUUAAAUUUUUUUGCUUUUGACUCAGAUUUGCUUCAAGCUGGAUUGCCAUUUGUGCUCAUGGAAAUCGAUUAUAGCACAGUCUGUCUCCCUUUAUUGUACAGUGCCAUGAAACAUUCCACUUCAACUAAAGCACAGAAGGACAUUUCAAAAAGUUUUUCUUAAAGACAUUUCAAUUAAUGACCGUUUCUGGAAAUUUUCUUUGCUACGAAACUUUCUUUCUAAGUGUCAGCAAGAAGCAACUGUACUCUGCCAUGGAGCCAUGUCACUCAUAUUAGCCCUGCAAUAAUGUCAGAACACCACGAGCCACAAACGACAGUCACAUUAGCUCACUAAAUGUAUUCACAUACAGUAGCAAUUCAGCAAUAUGUUAGAGAGAUUUUCCAAAUGGAUUCAUGCAUUGUUAGUGUUCAUGAUUUUUAGUGCCAUUUCUUUUAGUAUUACUUUUGUAAUGUUCCAAAUAGUCAUCAAGCAUUCUGCCUCUAAAGCUAUGAAAUAGCCUAUUGCCGACGUUAAUUACCUGCUAGAGAUGCAGUUGGUACUUAAAUGGUAUGUUUUUGAACAAAUUACAGUGGUUUUAGCCUUUUGUGUGAUGUUGGGCAGGUCACAUUCAAUCAUGUACAUAAUUGUUAUAGUAAUUGAAAUGUUGAUUUGCCAGUGUCAGAGCCGAGGUGUUGACAGGGUAGGAAUGAGGGUUUGAUAUUUCUCGGGCCAUUAAACGCCACCACGCUUCAUCCCUAAAUUGUAGGUUUUUGCUGUUGACAGAUGAUUUAAUUGUACUCCCUGUAUCUGAUCAUGGAUGUGUGUAGUUGACAGAGCAUAACGAGCUCCAGAGACCCCAGAAUGUUAACGAUUCCUGCCUUGGCUAGAGAGAGGUUUGCACAGACCUCGAGCCUGCCUGCCUGCCUGCUGUCUCAGCAUGGCACCCUGGCAUCCCGACCAACAGCACUUGGCACUGCCCACUCGGCGCAGUGCAGAGUGGCACUCUGUAUAAUGGAAUCAGCAGGGGAGGCUUUUGAUCUUAAUUGCAUGCCGACUGCAGACUCCAUCCUUGUCUCCGCUGUUGUUUACUGCUGACUCCUCUCUCACUGACAGAGUUGAUGCAAGAAGCUUAUUUCAGAGCCUUUCUUUAACCAAACAUGUGCCUUAUUGAAUAGGAUGAUACAUAUAUAUAUUGUUUCUAAAUUAUUCUAUUGGUAACCUAGGUGAUUAUGAUGACGAUAGUGCUAUAGACACAGCAAUGUAUUUGGACUUGUGAUAUUAUGUGUGCUGUCUAAAAUGCUAGAUGCCCUGCUGCAGCCAUUUGCGUGCCAAUAGGCUGAAGACAUUUCAGUAUGAUUUCUUUUAUGGUUGCAGUUUUGAUGUGUGCAUUUCCUUUGGGUGUCUGUGGCGUGUGCUUAGUAGGACUUUGGUGGCUACGGCAAAAGGCCAAAAUGAGUAAAUGUAAAACAAUGUGGCCAAUGUGAUUUGGGUUUCCCUUGAAAAUGUCUGGCAUUCCUAAAUUAGUCUGAAAUCAAAAGGGUGUUCUUCUGUAGAUUGAAUAUAGCGCAAAAUUGUUCCUACGGUGUUGAUUUUUUUUGCCCUGUGUUUCUAAGCUAUUCCACAGUGUGUACGAUAAAUGACUAUCUAUACUCGACAAAUGACUUUUCUUACUGCUGUGCAGUUAUUAUUUUUAUUUCUUGUUUCCUAUACCAUAUAAAUCUUUGUAAAACAUGUUGAAAUACUGUAUUCUAACUGUAUAAUCCUAUGCAUUGAGUCCUGGGACAAAAAAAGAAAAACAAGAAAAAAAGCUGUUUGUGCAGUUGUCGAGACUUUUUCCAUUUUGAAACUUGUGAAUGUGCUGUAACGAUAUAAGAAACUGGGACACUCCAUUUUCAGUGCAGGACCAUUAAUUAUUGGAAGCCAACGUUUUCCUCCCCAUCCAAGGCAGCUCAGAAGAUUCUCGAUCUUGUACCUGAUCUGUUGUACUGGAUGAACUUAAUUUUACAAAGGUUGUGUGUGGACGGAGCAGUUACCCACAGAUUUCAUCAUACACUCCUCCGUGAAUAAACUCAGAGACAUAUACGCCCUUCA